AUGUCGAACUACAACAUAGUGUCAGUAGAGGAGGAGAACAAGCGCCUAGAACAAGGGCUUGAGCUAACCAGGGCUUACAUUCCCGAUGGAAAAGUGUUCUUAGCUCCUGUCGACACCAGUCGUGACGGUCUCAAAGUGCUCGACAGUGCUGCAAGUUACUGGCUAUCGCAAUUCCAAGCUUCCCUAAAGAACCCCGAUUCCGCCACGCUAAUCGGCACCGAUCUCCAGGACCGUUUUCCUAACCCGCCGCGUCCCGGUAUUCAACUGCAAACUCAGGAUAUCACCAAGCCAUGGCCGGAAUCAUGGAAAUCUGAUUUCGAUUACGUCCACCAGUCCCUUGUACUAUUCCAAGCGAGACCGAAGCUAUCUGAGGUCGUUAAUUCGAUCGCAGAGCUCGUGAAGCCUGGCGGGUGGAUUGAGCUAACGGAACCUCAACCCGAUGAUUCUGGAAGUGAGGGGCCGGUUUUUACUCAAUUCAUCAACACGAUGAGGGAGCUUUGGACCCUAAAAGGAACUCCGAAGGAUUACGCUAGCAACUUGGAGGGAAUUAUUAAAGAUGCUGGCUUCGUUGAUGUCAAAAGCAUAUUGCUGCCCGUCGGCAUGGGCGCCAAAUUCAAGAAGCCGGAGUUAGCGGAUGCUAGUGCCGAAAACAUGGUAGCUGGAGCCAAAAACAUCCCUAUAACUGUUAAAUUGAUCCCAGGAGGGGUAAAGAGCAUCCCCGCGGAGGAGCUCGAGGGUUGGACAGAGCGAUUGGAAGCAGAGCUGAAAUCGAAAGGCGCUAUUUUCCCGUUGAGAGUGGUGUAUGGUAGAAAACCAGACGCAUAGGUACCUGUAUCUACUUGAUCUAGGGGCUUAAGGGUCACCUAUCUGCCUCCUAAGCACCUAGAAAUAAAGCGCUUCGUAGCAUGGACAGCGGCAGCCCAACCCAUCCGGGCAGCCAUGCAUUAGCACUUAUCCUGCAGAUGCCUCUGCUUGUGCCAUAGCCUCCAGGGCCUCCGACGCUAAAUUUCGAUUGCUCUCAUCCAGAAUAUCGCUGUCUUUCAGGGCUAUCCACCUAUCUUUCCAGUGCUUCCACCGCUGUAUCGUAAGCAUUCUCAUGUCACCCCACCAUAACCUCUCACCAUCUAUAUCUUUCUCCGACAUACUUUCAAUCGUAUCGGAUGCUAGCGAUCUCUGUAGUAGUUCUUGAGACGCAUAUAUGAAUAAGGGUGCAGCUGCCGAAAUCUCAAGUACCUGCCUCUCGCAAUCAUCUGACGAGGCAAUAUCGAGAACUCU